GGAGUAGAUGCGAUUAUCCAAAGCGCGCUCACACCUGAAUUAUUGGGGCCACAUGCAUCGGCAAAAGACGAGAACGCGCGCCCUGUGUCUUCUCUGCUUCCUUCUCGGAUACUGUCGUUUCCUGCAUUCCAGUUGAUUGGGAAGGGGGCCGGGACGACCACUGAGUAGCGAAAUUCUAGGAUAAGAUGGAGGUUUGCGAGAGACUUUUGUGUCUGGCUGUGGUGUCCAGCGUUCUCUGCGUUGGCUCGGUUCUGGGGAAAUACGUGAGAGGUAUCGUCAACACCAAGGAGGACUGGUUGUUCCUCACUCGCUUCUGUUUUCUCACUGAUUUUGGACGUCUGGACUUCCGGUUCCGCUACCAAAAGUCGCAAUGCUGUCAGAAUAUAUUGCUCUACUUUGAUGACAGCUCUCAGUGGCCAGCUGUGUACAAGAAGCCGGACAAGGACUGCUACCAGAAGGAGGCGGUGUUGAGACCAGAGAAUAACCAGGUUAUCAACCUGACCACACGCUACACCUGGUCUGGCUGUGUGGUGGAAGGAGAGGGAGAUGAGGAGGUGCUGAGUUGUGUGGGAGGUCGUAGUUUCCGCUCGGUGAGGGAGAGAUGGUGGUACAUCGCUCUCAGCAAGUGUGGGGGGGAAGGUUUGCAGCUGGAGUAUGAGAUGAAGCUGACCAAUGGCCAGUCUUUCUGGACACAACAUUUCUCUGCAGACGAGUUUGGGAUCCUGGAAACUGACAUCACGUUCCUGGUUAUCUUCUCCCUGGUCUUCAUCCUCUCAUGUUAUUUUGCCUAUAAUCUGAAAGGAAGGCAGCUUCUCCAUACGACAUAUAAGAUGUUUAUGACUGCGGCUGGUGUAGAGGUUGUCAGCCUUCUGUUCCACUGUAUCUACUGGGGCCUGUAUGCCAGAGAUGGAGUGGGCAACGGCAGUCUCAAGAUAAUGGGGAAAUUACUGUUCUCUGUCAGUUUCCUGGUGUUCCUGCUGAUGCUGAUCCUGCUGGGAAAAGGCUUCACUGUCACCAGGGCGAGGAUCAGCCACAGUGGAUCUGUCAAGCUGUCCAUCUACAUGACAGUCUACACCGUCACCUAUAUCAUCCUCUUCAUAUACGAGGCAGAGUUCUUUGACCCAGGUGAGGUGCUGUAUGCAUAUGACAGCCCGGCGGGCUACGGUCUGAUGGGUCUCCAGCUGCUGGCCUACGUGUGGUUCUGCUACGCCGUCUUGAUCUCCCUCAAACACUACCCUGAGAAACAAUCCUUCUACAUCCCCUUCUUCACGGCAUACACACUCUGGUUUUUUGCGGUGCCCGUCAUGGCUCUGAUAGCUAACUUUGGCAUCCCUCGCUGGGCACGGGAGAAGAUCGUCAACAGCAUCCAACUGGGAAUCCACCUCUAUGCUCACAUCGUAUUCCUCGCUAUCACGCGGCCCUCUGCAGCCAAUAAGAACUUCCCGUACCACGUGCGGACCUCUCAGAUCGGGAUCCUGCUGUCUAGUCCGAAGGCGGGUGUGGCGAGUGAGAGUUUCCCCCACCAUGCCUAUGGGAACAGCUCCUUCCUGGGCGACUCCCAGCCCAACUUCACAGAACUCUUCUCCAUCCAGUCGGGCCCAGUGAAGACGGUGGAGGAAACGGUGGGCCGGAAGGGACAGGAAGUGCAGAGGAACAGUGAGCAUAAGAUCAUCACCACCACGGCUGACCUGUCGUCACCCACCUUCCCCCCACUCCCUCCCCCCAUGCUCCCCCGCCUCUCUGCCCACUCCCCCCCUCCCCCUCCACGACUCCCCUCCCACUUUACCGAGUACUUCAGCAUGCAGGGGGAAGGAGGCGUGGGCACCAAGGCAUGAGACAGACAGAGAGAAAGAGGGACACAGGGAGAAGGAGAAAGAUCGAGAGGGAGGUGGAGGAAGAUCAGGUAGCACCGAAAACAGGUCAAGCUAUGUAUAGCCACGAGGGAAGGAUAUAAGGAGGAAGAGAAGGGGAAGUCAUCAUAAGCAGACAUGUGGAAUAGAAGUUUGAAACGUCCCAUUUUCACCUCUAAAUAGAGAGAAUGGGAAACGGCUGUGAGUUAAAGUGCUGAGCUUGUAAAAGAAAAAAAGAAGCAAUAAAUAUUUGAACAUGAGCAGAGAGAGAGGCACCGGGAGGGAGAGAUGAGCAGAGAGAGAGGCACCGGGAGGGAGAGAUGAGCAGAGAGAGAGGCACCGGGAGGGAGAGAUGAGCAGAGAGAGAGGCACCGGGAGGGAGAGAUGAGCAGAGAGAGAGGCACCGGGAGGGAGAGAUGAGCAGAGAGAGAGGCACCGGGAGGGAGAGAUGAGCAGAGAGAGAGGCACCGGGAGGGAGAGAUGAGCAGAGAGAGAGGCACCGGGAGGGAGAGAUGAGCAGAGAGAGAGGCACCGGGAGGGAGAGAUGAGCAGAGAGAGAGGCACCGGGAGGGAGAGAUGAGCAGAGAGAGAGGCACCGGGAGGGAGAGAUGAGCAGAGAGGGAGGCACCGGGAGGGAGAGAUGAGCAGAGAGGGAGGCACCGGGAGGGAGAGAUGAGCAGAGAGAGAGGCACCGGGAGGGAGAGAUGAGCAGAGAGAGAGGCACCGGGAGGGAGAGAUGACAGAGUGGAUGUAGCCUGACCAAUAGAAUGAUAGGAGUGCACAGUGGAGACUGAACAAAACUCCUAUGAACACUUAUUCAAGACUUUAUAAGGCAUCAAUGGAGGGGCUGAGGGAAACGUGUAAAUAGCUGAAGAGAAUGAGUUCCCAUUACUCUAAAAUAGUUGCAGAGUUUAUAUUACAAAAGGGAUGUUUUUUUCCCACAUUGUCGAAUUCCAAGUGGUGCUGUGACCAUUGCAGUUCUCAUGCCAUUACAUUGUACAAGAGUAAAAUGUUCACUCAUAUCCUGAAACAAUACAUUAAUGUUUUUUUCUUCAUGUUUGACAGAUGUUGUUAACACAAAAUAUUGAAUUUCUCCAUAUAUAAUAUGUUGGGAUUUAUAUUCUUAGAUAUGCUGAUUGCUCCAGGCUAUAGGAUUGAUAUACCGAUGUUUAAGUGUACAAUGUUCAGUUUACUGUGGACCCCUGAGGUACAGCUAAAACAAGCAUGUCUCUAAACUGAUUAUACUCCAUGUGCUCAUACAGUGCGCGUGCCUGUUGUACUACUAUUCAAUAACUUUGUAUAUUUCAUACCAUAUAGGCUACCGAGGUGUUAAUGUCACUUCUUCAUCUGGAACCUUAUGUCAUACUGUCCACAGACAACUGUUUUAACUCCCAAUACUACUGUUCAGUUCUCACUGGAGUGCAAGAUAUUAGCUUGCUCUGAAUGUAAUUCCUUGAUGUAUGUAGACCUUGGUGAAUGUAUUAAUGCAAUAGAGCACAAGGAAAGGGGUGGUUUUAAAGUCACAUUUUAUACUUUUUGUUUUUUUUACAUAGAAAUCAUACUUAUAGCUUGUUUUACUUUCAAUUUCAGCCUCCAUCCUUGACACAUGAUUUAAGGAGGGAAAGUUGUCCAGCGAGGAUAUGAACUAACUUCACAAUCCCCCCCCCGACUAGUAUGUAAUGAUGUCAUGUCAACUGUGUGAGGGGCUCAUUGUUGUUUCUCCAUAAGUAGGAACAGUAGUUCUUCCUGAACAUGAAAAGUCCUGGGCCCAUAAACAACUAAAGCAAACCUUUUAGAGUAACUGUGAAAGUAGUAGCACCAACGUCCUGUUUGUCCUGCAUGAAGCACUUUAAUGUUCCCCUUCUCUUAGUUUUCUGUUCUGCCAUUUAUUUCAAAGUGACUUUGAAUAACGCUUUAAUCUGGAUCAUACGUAUCCACACACUACAUCCAAUGAUAUUCCGGUAUCAAAUAUACAAAUGUUACCUGUAGAUAUGUUCAUAUUAAUCAAUGUGUAUCAAGUGUCAUUAUCAGACAUUUAAAAAUGUACAUGUAUCUGAAUAACAUUAAGUUGAUGAAAUAGCCUAAUGAUAUCAAUGUAAGGGGGGAGGGUGUAAUUCAUAAGACAGUGUCAAGGCCAAUUUACCACCUGUUUCUUCUAAGAAAUGGAAAUAAUGGAAGUAAUCAACUACAUUGUAUUUUUUUGUAUAACUUGUUAAUAUCUGAGUAUGAAACGUGCAACUCUCUUUAAUAUUUUUUUAAUCCAGUCUGUAAAAAAAAAGGUGUGGGGGAAAGAAUGGUGGUUAAUGGACUGUUUCUAAUGGUUUAAUUAACAGCCCUUUAUUGUCUUUCUGUAGUAAUGUCUGGAGUAGGCUUGGUUUGGUCAGACUGGUACAGCACAUGUUAUGUACAUGAGAACAUACAGUCAAAGGUAUAAUGUAGUCUGUAAAAAAUGACACUUGAAUUAGAUUGUUCUGGUGUUCUAAAGGUUUUGUCUCUGUAGGCGUAUACAGUCGAAGUCGGAAGUUUACAUACACUUAGGUAUGUCAUUAAAGUCUUAGAGUCAUUAAAACUCGUUUUUCAACCACACCACAAAUUUCUUGUUAACAAACUAUAGUUUUGGCAAGUCAGUUAGGACAUCUACUUUGUGUAUGACACAAGUAAUUUUUUCAACAAUUGUUCACAGAUUAUUUCACUUAUAAUUCACUGUAUAACAAUUCCAGUGGGUCAGAAGUGCCUUUAAACAGCUUGGAAAAUUCCUGAAAAUGAUGUCAUGGCUUUAGAAGCUUCUGAUAGGCUAAUUGGCAUCAUUUGAGUCAAUCGGAGGUGUACUUGUGGAUGUAUUUCAAGGCCUGCCUUCAAACUCCAUGCCUCUUUGCUUGACAUCAUGGGAAAAUCAAAAGAAAUCAGCCAAGACCUCAGAAACAAAUUGUAGACCUCCACAAGUCUGGUUCAUCCUUGGGAGCAAUUUCCAAAUGCCUGAAGGCCCGAAGAACACCAUCCCAACCGUGAAGCACGGGGGUGGCAGCCUCAUGUUGUGGGGGUGCUUUGCUGCAGGAGGGACUGGUGCACCUCACAAAAUAGAUGGCGUCAUGAGGACGGAAAGUGAUGUGGAUAUAUUGUAGCAACAUCUCAAGACAUCAGUCAGGAAGUUAAAGCUUGGUCGCAAAUGGGUCUUCCAAAUGGACAAUGACCCCAAGCAUACUUCCAAAGUUGUGGCAAAAAAGGACAACAAAGUUAUUGGUGACCUUAAUCCUAUAGAACAUUUGUGGGCAGAACUGAAAAUGCGUGUGCGAGCAAGGAGGCCUGCAAACGUGACUCAGUUGCACCAGCUCUGUCAUGAGGAAUGGGUCACAAUUCACCCAAUUUAUUGUGGGAAGAUUGUGGAAGGCUACCCGAAACAUUUGACCCAAGUUAAACAAUUUAAAGGCAAUGCUACCAAAUACUAAUUGAGUGUAUGUAAACUUCUGACCCACUGGGAAUGUGAUGAAAGAAAUAAAAGCUGAAAUAAAUCAUUCUCUACUAUUAUUCUGACAUUUCACAUUCUUAAAAUAAAGUGUUGAUCCUAACUGACCUAAGACAGGGAAUUUUUACUAGGAUUAAAUGUCAGGAAUUGUGAAAAACUGAGUUUAAAUGUAUUUGGCUAAGGUGUAUGUAAACUUCCGACUUCAACUGUAUGUCUAUUGCCUUUACAGUCCACGGUUACGGAUGCCAUUACUUGACUGAAUAGAUUUUGACAGGCAGGUUCCAUUCAUCCUGUACAACAAGCUGCAUGAUCAACUUAUCUAUGGUAUUUUGUCUAUUAUACACAGACACAAGUGGAAGAGCAAAGGGAGAGAACAGGGUUUUAUAUGCAUGACAGACAACAGCACAGCUUCCUGGGUAUUUCGAGAGGUCUGGUUAAGAGCACAUUACUGAAGCACUGUUCGAAAUGAAUGCAUUUUAAUGGUGUCAAAUUAGGAUAUUCUGAAUACGCUGUACAUACACUUUUUGCCAAAUUAAAAUGGUUGGUUUUAUUAGA